AGAAACGAGUCUGGUACAGGAGAUAGAGAGAAAGCAUGGCGGACGAUCCAGAAAACCCAGAUCAAGUAGAGGAAGAGUUCUCCUUGUGCAAGAAAAACACUCCAUUCCUCUACGAUCUCGUCAUCUCUCACCCUCUUGAAUGGUCUUCUCUAUCCGUUCAUUGGGUCCCUCUCCCACCGGUUCCCUACACCGCCGACCUGGUUUUCGGUGUCCACAAGCUCGUCCUUAGGACGCACACGUCCGCCGUCGCCACAGAUUUCCUUAUGAUUGCCGACGCGGUCCUCCCAACCCUCGAUUCGGAUUCAAACGUCGCUGGUAAAAAUGAGGAUCUGGUUAUUCCUAAGGUGGAGGUUACUCAGAGAAUGCGUGUUGGUGGUGAAGUGAAUAGGGCCAGCUGUAUGCUCCAGAAGCCAACUGUGAUUGCUGCAAAGACCAGUGGCACUGAGAUUUUUCUAUUUGAUUACUCCAAACGUGAGGAAAAUCAGCAAGAAGAUGAAUGUGAUCCUGAGUUGCGGUUGAGAGGUCAUGACAAGGAAGGAUAUGCCUAUGGGAUGUGUCUGCACCCUGCAGCACCUCAAGAUAAGGUGCUCAAUGCAAUGCAUGUAUAUGAGGCUCAUCAAAGUGUGGUUGAAGAUGUGUCAUGGCAUUUGAAGAAUGAGAAUAUAUUCGGGUCUGCAGGAGAUGAUUGUCAAUUGAUGAUUUGGGACUUGCGCACAAACCAAACACAAAAUUGUUUCAAAGUUCAUGAGAGAGAUCAAUUAUUUGUCUUUCAAUCCUUAUAAUGAAUGGGUUCUCGCUACAGCAUCUUCAGACUCUACCAUUGAUCUGUUUGAUAUGUGGAAGCUAACAGCACCAGUACAUGUUUUAAGUAGUCACAAGUAUGUAUCCCCCUUGCUGAUGGAUUUUGAGUUUUAUUUCUACAGAUAGAUGUUGUAUUUUCUAACUUCCCUUGAGAAUACUCAGGUCACCCUCUUCAUCCCUUUUGGAUAAGAGAAGAAUAAUGAAAAUUGAUAACCACUGUUCUCAUUAUCGUUUAGGACCUUUUAUUUACAUUUGGUGUUACGUACUGAAUGAAACUAUAACCUUAUUGAUUUUUUGCUCCAGCCUGACCUAUUUUCUUUCUAUAUUAUUGACUCAAGCAAUCUCACAAAAUACAGAUGUACAGUAGUCAUUGCCAUUAAUCCCUUAAAAAUUAUGCAUCUGAAACUGAAUAAACCAUGUGCUAGUGC